AAAGCACUGAUCGCGUCAAAGUAGGAAGGCAGCACGUCAUCACAACUUCCCCAAAAGUAUCAGGUCAAAGCCAGCCAGCUACACAAAGCUGCAAGCUGUCAAACCCAUUUUGAACUUCUUGAGUUCUGCUCUCCCAGGAUGGGAAGGAACAAGUGGGUCCAGAACCCCGCAAUCGUUUUCCCGCGUGCUCACCUAACCCGCUCCGGCCACUCCCAAGGGAUCCCGGAGAAGGGGUCCAGCUGCCCAAAUGACUGGGCGCCUGAUGGAGUGCCAAGCCGGAGCCUCACUGGUUUACCUGUUUUCUAUUUCGACCGGAUCCGCGUCGGGCGGCUGCACCUUCACCUUCACCUCCGCCAUGAGGGCGCAGUUCCUGACGCCUGGGGGGAAAGACGCACGGAGCAGCCCGAUAGCAAGCCAGGGAACCCGGGGAACCAGGGGAGGAUAGCGCUCUGCUGAGGGCGAGGGGCCUUCUUCCUCGUGUCGCAGCCGGUCCUUCCUUGCCUUUCGGCGGGAGGUGGCCAAGCCGCGCCUGCUCCGGCCCACUUACAGGCGCCGCUACAGCUUCUUAUUCUUGUUUUCCAGAAUGUCAAUGCCCAUCGGACGCACAAGCCUGGUUCCUUCAUUCUGAGUUGGGAAACCAACUUUUAGCACUUGGCAACUCUGUGAAGGAAUAUUCUUAGAUGCCUAUGGGAAAGCACUGGGAAAGGAACUCCAGGCGGGUACCAGGCUCCCUGCGGAGCGGCAGGGGCCGGUCUAGUUGCUAAGAAGCUGAGUUUCCACCAAUCAUCUGCCCAGCACCCAGUGGGCGGGGCGCGGCUCGCAGCGUCUGUGGUAACCCGGGCGGCGGUGAAGGAGGAGGCAAGAGGCGUUUUGCUGCAUUUAAAUUAAGUGCUGCUCUUCAGCUUUUGUGUACAGCUAUAAGUGCACAUUGGAAUUUAUAUAUAUAUAUAUAGAGAGAGAGAGAGAGAGAGAGAGAGAGAAAAUGACUGCUGGUUCAGUGUGUGUCCCUCAGAUCAUACCACUACGAGUGCCUCAGCCUGGAAAAGCUAACCAUGAAAUUGAUAACAAUACGCUUUUGGAAAUGAAAUCAGACACUCCAGAUGUCAACAUAUAUUAUACUCUGGAUGGCAGCAAACCUGAAUUUCUAAAGAGAAUUGGUUAUGGGGAAAAUAACACAUUUAAGUAUAUAAAACCUAUUACUCUGCCUGAUGGAAAAAUACAAGUUAAAGCUAUUGCUGUCUCUAAAGACUGCAGACAGAGUGGCAUUGUGACAAAGGUGUUUCACGUAGACUAUGAACCACCAAAUAUAGUCUCUCCUGAAGACAAUGUUGAAAAUGUUCUCAAAGAUUCUUCAAGGCAGGAAUUUAAAAAUGGAUUUGUUGGAUCAAAACUAAAGAAGAAAUAUAAGAACUCUGAAAAUCAACGCAGCUGGAAUGUUAACCUUAGAAAGUUUCCAGUCCCCCGGUUUUGCACACGUAAGCGGUCAGAAGUGUUUGACAAGCACGGAGAUAAUGAGAAUUCAAAGGGAGACAGACUUUCUCAAGUGUGCCCACUGCCUUGCCCCCCGGCCAUCAGAUCCCUUUGCUCGCUUCUGUCAAGAAUGUGGCUCUCCUGUCCCACCCAUAUUUGGCUGUCGUCUCCCACCCCCAGAAGGAGCUCAGAUGGGCUUGUGUGCAGAAUGCAGAAGCUUGGUACCCAUGAACACUCCCAUCUGCGUGGUGUGUGAGGCCCCUCUUGCUCUACAGCUGCAGCCACAGGCAAGCCUCCACUUGAAGGAGAAGGUAAUUUGCCGGGCCUGUGGUACAGGAAAUCCUGCUCACCUGAGAUACUGUGUCACCUGUGAGGGGGCCCUGCCUUCAUCACAAGAGUCGAUGUGCAGUGGGGAUAAAGCCCCUCCUCCACCCACUCAGAAAGGGGGGACCAUUUCCUGCUCUAGAUGUGGUCGCUGGAAUCUCUGGGAGGCGUCCUUCUGCGGCUGGUGUGGAGCCAUGCUCGGCAUUCCUGCUGGCUGUUCUGUUUGCCCUAAAUGUGGGGCCAGCAAUCACCUGUCUGCCCGAUUCUGUGGCUCCUGUGGUAUUUGUGUGAAGUCCCUGGUGAAACUUAGCUGGGACAGAAGCCUGGCUCUAGCUGCUGAGGAACCUCGCCCUUUUUCUGAGCCCCGAUGUGCCUGGCAGUCCCUGAAUAUUCCUUUGCCCAGAUCUGAUGUUGGGACUAAGAGGGACAUAGGAACACAGACUGUUGGCCUCUUCUACCCAUCUGGCAAGCUGCUAGCAAAAAAGGAACAGGAAAUAGCCUCUCAAAAGCAGAGGCAGGAGAAAAUGAGUGACCAUAAACCCCUCCUCACAGCCAUCAGCCCAGGAAGAGGGUACUGGAGAAGACAGCUGGAUCACAUCUCUGCUCACCUCAGGUGUUAUGCUCAGAACAACCCUGAAUUCCGGGCCUUGAUUGCAGAACCCAGGAUGGGAAAGCUUAUCUCUGCUACUGUCCACGAAGAUGGUUGUGAAGUUAGCAUCAGACUGAAUUAUAGUCAAGUCUCAAACAAGAACCUUUACCUGAACAAGGCAGUGAAUUUCAGCAAUCACCUUCUGAGCAGUGCUGCCGAGGGUGAUGGGGGGCUGUGCGGCAGCAGGUCCAGCUGGGUGAGUGACUACAGCCAGAGUACCUCAGAUACUAUUGAAAAAAUCAAAAGGAUGAAGAAUUUCAAGACCAAAACUUUUCAAGAAAAGAAGGAGCAGCUUAUACCUGAAAACAGACUCCUGCUGAAGGAAGUCGGACCCAUGGGGGAAGGAAGAGUCUCUGUGAUUGAACAGCUGCUGGAUGAGGGAGCAGACCCCAACUGCUGUGAUGAAGACAAUCGACCCGUCAUAACCGUGGCUGUUAUGAAUAAGCACCAUGAAGCGAUUCCAGUUCUCGUGCAGAGAGGAGCAGACAUCGACCAGCAGUGGGGGCCGCUCAGAAAUACAGCUCUUCAUGAAGCAACUCUGCUUGGCCUUGCAGGAAGAGAGAGCAUCGCCACUUUACUGGGAUGCAAUGCAAGCAUCCAAAAGAAGAAUGCAGGAGGCCAGACAGCAUACGACCUGGCUCUGAACACUGGAGAUGACCUUGUCACCUCACUCUUUGCUGCCAAGUUUGGCCAAGGGCUUGAGGACCAACUCGCUCAAACUAGGAGCCUCAGCCUGGAUGACUGUUAGACCUGAGGCCUCCACGGGACUUCAUUUAAGAAUAUGUGCAUGGCUGGCACAGUGGCUUACGCCUGUAAUCCCAGCACUUUGGGAGGCUGAGGCUGGCGUUAUCACCUGAGGUUGGGAGUUCAAGACCAGCCUGACCAACAUGGAGAAACCCCGUCUCUACUAAAAAUACAAAAUUAGUCGGGCGUGGUGGUGCAUGCCUGUAAUCCCAGCUACUCGGGAGGCUGAGGCAGGAAAAUCGCUUGAACUCGGGAGGCGGAGGUUACAGUGAGCCAAGAUCGCACCAUUGCACUCCAGCCUGGGCAACAAGAGCAAAACUCCAUCUCAAAAAAAAAAAAAAAAAAAAAGAAUAUGUGCAGCUCUGGCUAUUCUUUAAUCAUGUCUUUCUGAAAUGUGUAUUUGAGAUUAGAAAUUGAGGUUGAGAGGAACUCAGGAGAUUUUUUUUUUUAAUCAUAUGACAGUAUAAGCCAUCAGUACUAAAUGGACAGCUCCCAGUAUACUGUGGACUGUGAUAAAAUGAAUGUAUGUUUUUUAAUGGUUUAUUGCUGCAGGUUUUUUGUGUAUUUGAUUUUUAGUUUUUAACUUAUUUUUCAAUAGGUAAUAAUUGCAUGUGGUUCAAAGCUAAAAGGUAUGAAGUAUUAUGUAGGGAUAUGUCCCUCCCAUCCUGUCCCACAGCCACCACCUCUCUCCUCAGCCAGCAAUGACAUCAGCAUCGACUUGCCUUUCCCGGGGUUGUGCAGAGUUAGAUAUGCACAUACAUGUGGUAUAAGCACAUGUACAGAAGAGUACACAUAGAAUAUAAACGUGUCUGUAGCACAUAUAUAUUCUUUCCCCUCUUUUAAAACAAAUGGUAGCAAACCAACCACGCACUGUUCUGUAUCUUGCUCUGUUUGCUUGAUACAUCUUGUAGGUGGCUCCUAAUUACUAUGUAAAGAUUGACCUUAUUUAAAUUUUUUUUGUUGAAAUCAUCAAUAUUCUCAUCAUUAUGGUGUGUUCUUUGAUUGACAAAUAGCUCUCAAUAAACCACUUACAAGAAUGUGUAA